UAUUUUAUCUCAUAACUCCUGGAUCGUUAACUUGUCCGAUCGGUUGUUCCUGCACAGAUGAUAACUUUGGAAGGUCUUUACUAUGUAUGGAAACCUCCAUGGGUAAAAUCCCAGAAGACAUGUCACACGAUUUCACUAAAAUACGAAUUGAGAACUGCCACCUGACUGAGUUACCGCGAGGAUCGUUCUCUAAAGUUAGUGCCUUGGAGUUCCUCUGGCUGAAUUUCAAUGAGAUCACCCUGAUGAACAUCAAAAGUCUGGAGGGGCUGGCCAACCUCACUGAGCUCAGGGUACAAGGGAACAAGCUGACUUCAGUACCAUGGACGGCGUUUCAGGACACACCGAAACUGAAGAUUCUGGACCUGAAGCACAAUCGACUCGACGUCCUGCCUGAGCACGCACUCAGACACUUACCUGCACUGACCUACUUAGAUUUAUCCUCCAAUCAGCUUAGUGUCAUAUCAAAAGAUGUGUUUAUUAAUUGGCCUCUUUACCAAACAGCACAGAAAGAGUGGGGGAAAGAGGGAAUGGUCGCCAAUGUGGUCCUGGCGCUGCACGACAACCCAUGGUUGUGUGAUUGUCGCCUCAAAGGCUUCGUUGAAUUCAUCCGGACGGUUAGCCCUCCCAUCAUCCUGUUGAACUCUUAUUUGAGGUGUUCGGGCCCCGCCUCCAAAGCUGACAAGUUUUUCCACGAGAUCCAGUUAAAGACAUGCAUGAAGCCGGUGGCCUCUGCCCCAGAGACUAACAUCACUUUACCCCUCGGAGCAAAUGCAACACUAACAUGCUUAGUCAAGGCCAGGCCAGGUCCAACCAUUCAUUGGAUGUACAGUCUGAAGAUUAUAAGAGGAUUUGCUGCUAUAGAGACUCAAAUAAAUGAUGAGACCAUCACCUCCCAGCUGGUGAUCCCGUCUCUUCACCUGGCAGAUCGGGGACUCUACACCUGCAUGGCCAACAACUUCAUUGGCAACUCCUCUGUCGACAUCACGAUUAACAUCAGCCCCUUCAAUUCCUCCGAUCCUUUCCCUCCACCUGUCUCCAUGCUGUCGUCCGAUGAGAAUACCCAGAUUGACAUCCGCAUUGCCAAGCAGACCGUUUAUGGCAUCACCCUGGAGUGGUACGCAGCAACGGACAAACCAGCCGAAACUUGGUUCACCAUCCACUUUGGAAAAUACGAUUCACCAAAAAAGGAGAUGAUCUACAUUGGCCCUGGUAUCAACACCUACUCUGUCAGCGACCUGCUUCCUGUCACCAAAUACGAGGUGUGUGUGACCCUGAAGAACCAUCCACCUAGAGAAGGCCAGUGCAUUGUGUUCGUGACUGGAAGUGACAUCAGUGAGCUGGAGCAAAGAGAGAGGCUCAUCCAUAUUAUUGUCAUUGUGUGCGCCAUGGUCCUGGCAGUGCCGGCCGGCAUGUAUGCCUGCACCACGGAGGCCAGGUUCAGCUGCGUGGACCGCUGCGUGGAUCUGUGGAAGAAGAGGAGGAUGCAGGGAGAGAACCUGCAGGGAACUGAGAGGCAGGGCACCUUCGACAGCCUGCAGGCGGCCAGCGACGAGGGCCUGUGCAGGGACUCAGAGGAAAAGCCGAAAAAGAGGCAGAAGUCUGAGGACAGGUCCAAAGGAGGAAGUGCAGCUCAUCUGUAUUAGCAAUUGAAGUUAAGAAAUGUACAUACAUGUGUAUUUGUAAAUAAUGUAAAUAUUGAGAGU